AUGUUUACCAACAAAAUGCUGUUUAGGUUGCUGUGGUCCUUCUGUGGAUGUCUUAUAGUAUCGCUACUCGUCGUCUUUUUUUAUUACUAUAAAAGAUGGCGAUUAAAAGAGUUAUCUGGUGGUACGGGCGCUAUUGACGCUGGUGGGGAACCAGCGAAGAGGUUCCGUAAGCGAGAUAAGAUGCUGUUCUACGGGCGACGCAUGCUGCGGAAGGUCAAGUCCAUCUCCAAUUCGGGCCAGGGUCGGAAGCGGCGCGCGGUUAUGCGCUUCGCCAGGAAACUGUUGCAGCUCAAGAAAGAAGCAGCACCUGAACAACUUAAGGUAUUAGAACCUCCAGCAGAAUACUUAGAAGAAGACUUGACUAGUGACGACCGCGUGCCUCCAGACGCACUGUACAUGUUACACAGCAUCCGAGUGUUCGGUCAUUUUGAGAAACCUGUCUUUCUGAUGCUCUGCAAGCAUACUGAAAUACUCAACCUGCCCGCUGGAUCUUUCCUGUUUAAAGUCGGCGACACGGACGAGAACGUGUACGUAGUUCAGACGGGGCGUGUCAACGUGUACAUUACGAACCCGGACGGCAGCAGUCUCUCGCUCAAGGUGGUGCGCGCCGGGGAGAGCGUCACCUCAUUACUCAGCUUUACUGACGUGCUUACGGGUCACUCUCAACCGUACAAAACUGUGAACGCAAAAGCAUUAGAAGAUUCCCAAGUAAUAAAGUUACCGAUGCGAGCUUUUCAAGAAGUAUUCAAAGAAUAUCCUGAUAUAUUUGUCAGAGUUAUACAGAUAAUUAUGGUACGACUUCAGCGGGUAACUUUCACAGCACUUCAUCAGUACUUAGGUUUAAGUGCUGAACUUGUCAAUCCGGGUAAGGAUAAACGUCGUCCCGGCAACGUCUCUUCCCCUGGCAAGUCUAGUAAGGUGGUAUUGGUAGACAGUGGUACCACCAUGCAUCCACAUAACCACUCGACACAGUCCCCACAUCACGAGCGUGUUGAACAUAUGGAGGGCGGGCAUCAGACCUCCUCCCCCAUACACAUCCAGGGCAGGCGACCUCGCCCAGAUAUGGUACCUGACCUCACUUCUAACACGCCACAGCAGCAGCCCGACGUGCAACCUACGUCCUCCUACAAAUCCAAAGAAGGCUCCUCUUUUAAGAAACAUAAUACUGAUAAUCUAGAUGAACAGGCUCUAAUACAAAUAGCGAGUGAAGCGUUUGUGAAGGAGUUGGGUCUGGAGAACGACACUCUGGUGCGCGGCAACGUUCAAGUGAGAGAUCUUCCCGCGGGGACUUACAUCAUGAAAGAAGAGAGUCACAAGGACGUGGCUUUAGUCUACCUCUUAUCCGGGGCUUUACUAGUCUCACAGAAGGUGGCCGAAGGUGAAGGGGAGGUGCACAUGUUUACUGCUUACCCAGGUGAAGUGGAAGGUGGUCUAGCGGUACUAACAGGGGAACCGAGUUUCUUCUCGAUUCGUGCUAAACACUUCUCUCGAAUUGGACUGUUGUCAAAAACAACUGUGUACAGUAUUAUGAGGGAGCGGCCGUCGGUGGUACUUCACAUUGCUAACUCAGUGGUCAAGAGAUUGUCACCUUUCGUCAGACAGGUUGACUUCGCUUUGGAUUGGGUGUUUUUGGAGUCAGGUCGUGCGGUAUACCGUCAGGAUGAGGAGUCAGGGUCCACGUUCAUCGUGCUGAGCGGUCGCCUGAGAUCUGUUAUUACUCAUCCUAAUGGCAAGAAAGAGUUAGUGGGAGAGUACGGCAAGGGAGAUCUCGUGGGAAUUGUUGAGAUGGUGACUCAGACUCGACGCAGUACCACAGUAAUGGCGGUGCGAGAUUCAGAACUCGCAAAGUUACCUGAAGGUCUCUUCAAUGCCAUCAAGCUAAGGUUCCCUGUCGUCGUCACCAGGCUUAUUAAUUUACUAGGACACAGGAUAUUGGGUUCGUGGCAGAAGCCGGGUGGUGCGGGACGUGGACCAGCAGCAUUGGAACCGCGAUCCUCACAGCAUACAUUCUCUACAGUGGCCGUAGUACCUGUGGGCGACGACGUACCUUUAACAGCCUUUACAUACGAAUUAUAUCACUCGCUAAGUGCUAUCGGUCCCACUGUGCGACUGACCUCCGACGUGAUACGUAAGCUGCUGGGACUGACCAUCAUGGACCCCAACAAUGAAUACCGCCUUAGUUCCUGGUUGGCGCAGCAAGAAGAUAAACAUAAGGUGGCAUUGUACCAGUGUGACCCGAGUUUGACACAAUGGACGCAGCGCUGCAUACGACAGGCAGAUUGUAUACUCAUCGUGGCGCUGGGAGACAAGCAGCCCAGCAUCGGAAAGAUCGAAAAGGAAAUCGAACGUCUGGCGAUCCGUACUCAGAAGGAGCUGGUGUUGCUGCACCGGGAGGGCGGGGCUCCGCCCUCGGGUACCGUGCACUGGCUCAACAUGCGCUCCUGGGUCUCCCAGCACCACCAUGUGCGCUGUCCUCAUCGCAUGUUCACCCGCAAGAGCCAGUACAGAGUUAGCGAGUUGUACAGCAAGGUGUUGAUGUCUGAGGCGAAUGUGCACUCGGACUUCUCCCGGCUGGCGCGCUGGUUGACGGGUACCGCGGUGGGCCUCGUGCUGGGUGGUGGCGGAGCGCGCGGUGCAGCACACGUUGGCAUGAUACGAGCUAUACAGGAAGCUGGUAUACCAAUAGAUAUGGUGGGUGGUGUUAGCAUCGGCGCCUUCAUGGGCGCGCUCUGGUGUAUGGAGCGUAAUAUCACCACCGUUACACAGAAGGCACGCGACUGGUCACAGAAAAUGACGCAAUGGGGUAAACAACUCCUAGAUCUGACAUACCCGGCUACGUCAAUGUUCUCUGGACGUCAGUUCAAUGCGACUAUCCGGGGUACAUUUGGUGACGUACAUAUAGAAGAUCUCUGGCUACCCUACUUUACUGUCACGACUGAUAUUAGUUCCAGUUGUAUGAGAAUACAUCGACAUGGUUCUCUGUGGCGAUACAUUCGCGCUUCGAUGUCACUCAGCGGCUACAUGCCGCCGCUGUGCGACCCCGUAGACGGCCACCUCCUAUUGGACGGCGGUUACGUCAACAACCUGCCAGGUGUUCUGUGGAGGUAUUGUAGAGCGUCGAUGAGUAUUGCCGGUAUUUUCCCGCCGAUCGGCGAUCCCAUGGACGGACAUCUGUUACUCGACGGUUGCUACGUUAAUAAUGUACCAGCUGACGUAAUGCGAUCUCUGGGCGCGAAGCAUAUCUUGGCUAUAGACGUGGGCUCUCAGGACGACACUGAUCUUACCAACUACGGGGAUGAUCUCUCCGGCUGGUGGUUGCUGUGGAAAAGAUGGAACCCAUUCACGACACCGGUGAAAGUUCCUAAUCUUCCAGACAUACAGAGCAGAUUAGCAUACGUCUCUUGCAACCGACAGCUCGAGGAGGUGAAGAGUUCGGACUACUGCGAGUACAUUCGGCCGCCAAUCGACGCGUACAAGACUCUGCAGUUCGGAUCUUUUGAUGAGAUCCGUGAGGUGGGCUACAGGCACGGUGCUGCGUACUUCGAGGGUCAGCGACGUGGCGGCGGCGGCGGUGUCAGUGGUGUUGGAGCAGCGCCACGUGCACAACCAGCUCAGCCCGCACUCACUGAUUACACGUUCACGGACCUGGCGCAGAUGGUUUGCUCAGUGCGCACUGCGCAGGAGGUCGACAACUCGUCCUCCUCGUCAUCAGAUUACGAGGAGGACCAGCGACACUUUGAGGGUUACGCCUCGGAGCCCAGCGCCGGCAUUCUAGAGAUGUCGUCGAGCGUAGAGGAGGGCGCGGCGUGGAUGGGUGGGCACAGUGACACGGAAUUGGAGGGUCUUCGUACACGUCGAGUAGGUGGAUCUCUCUCCUUGUCUGAGGACGAGAUCGACUCCGAAGCGGAGGUGUAUGACCCUCUGAACAAGAGGGGAGGGAACAGGUGAGACGCGACCUUGCACGACCUGUGCAAGGCCCUGUACGAGUACGUGCGCUCCGACGCACACGCGUAAUGUCAAACUGACUGCGACAGCUGUCACAUGUCACGUGACGCUCCAAAUUUGAAUUUGACGUGUGGAU